AUGACGGAGGUGGACCUGUCGCAGGGGGAGGUGACGUGGCUGUCGCCGCCCGAGCCGGGGUGGGAAGCCGCGCCUUCGGCCAUCGCCGACGGCGACGGCGACAAGAGGGCGCGGUCGCACUCGCCGUCGGCGAUCGAGACGCUCGAGGAAGUCGAGAAGCGCAUCGGCGUCGGCACGAUCAAGUGGAUAUGCUUCCAGGUGCUCAAGGAGGCUGGACCGCACGGGCUGCUGCUCUCGGAGAUUGUGAGCAAGACCCAGGAGAAGGGCCUCAAGGAUUGGACGUCGGUGCGGCAGCCGAGCAACACCGUCAACGCGUGCUGCUCCGGGGACCCGGCGUUCGUGAAGGUGGCGCCCGCGCGCGUCGGCCUCGCGUGCCUCGGAGCGUUCGAAUCCAAGGAGAUCGCUGACGAGGAGGAGAAGGCCGCCGGCGAGAAGAUCCUCUACUGCAGCGCGUGCGACAACGGGCCCUUCAACACCAAGGGCAUGCGAAUGCACAUCAGCAGGUGGUGCACCUUCGCCGCGGGUAAGCCCACCGCGAACCCGGACAUCGUCCCCACGGCCGUCGCGGAUCCGGAGAGGUCCACGAGGGACACGAACCUGAGGAUCACCGCGCACCUCGUGCCGAGCGACACCCCCCAUUUAAACCACAAGGGAAGCCCCGACGACCCGAACCACAAGGCGGCGGUCAAGACGUUCGUGUGCUCCGCGUGCGGCGCCGGGCCGUUCAACGAGAAGGGCAUGGCGAUGCACGCGAGUCGAUGGUGCAAGGUGCAGAACGCCCUGGACGAGGACGACGCCGACUACGCGGCGGCGAUUGGCGGCGCUCUCGGGCGACAGCAGCCGACGACGAGUCCGACGUCGUACCUGGGCGGAUCCGUGGGUCUCACCGGGCUCGCGCCGGUGGGCAUGCCCGGCGUGUCCAUCGGCGCGCUCUCCGGCGGGCUCCCCGCGGAUCUCGGCGGCUUGCUCCCGCAGUUGAGCAACGGCGGCGCGCACUCGGGGCACAUCACGGGCAGCGGCAGCGGCAGCGGGGGCAAGAAGCGCAAGGCGGCGGUGGAUCUCGGACCCGUCGACCCGACGAUGUUCGACAAGCACCUGCCCGCCUUUCCCGUCGGGUUCGCGGCGGUGGCUGGGGCGUCCGGACUGGCGGGUGGGCGGGGGCAGAUGCUCCCGCCGCCGCCGGUGUUUGGCAGGCGCGUGGGCAAGUCGGGUAAGGGAAACAAGGACGAGGCGCACGGCGAAACCACCGAGCUUCGCCUCGAGGUUGAGGUUUGGAAGCAGGAUGGGAGUUUCGUGGCAAAGGCGCCGCUGGUGGUUCCCGCGAACGUCACGUUGGGUAAACUGAAGAUGGCGAUCGCGGACAACACGAAGGGUGCGCUGCCGCCGCACAGGCAGGCUCUGAAGUACCUGGGCGUCCCGCUGUCGGCGCCCGACGACGUUGGGCUCGUGGGUUUGUUGGGAGUCACCGACAACAUCUCGCUGCACCUAACCAUCUUGGAGGAUACCAUGGCUCCACCCAAGGGUGCGGGGAUGCCGGGUUCACCCGCGAGGAAGGCGUUCAUGAAAAACCUAGCGAUGUGA